UACAUGUUUGGCAAGUGUAGGGUGUCAGAGGCUGGACUGCAGUCAACAUUACAAAUGUAAGGGGAGGACAAAUCAAGAGGCUAUCAGAAGAGUCAACACACGAGAAAGAAGACCACCGCUGAUUAAGCGGGUGUUCCUAAGGACUGACUGUGGAUCAGCUGUCCAGAUGAGAGAGUGGAGUGAGUCGGAGAUGACCAUGUCUGCCGGUGGUUACCUCUCUGCCUUUGAUGGAUACGGCAUCUCCGAGCCUCUGCAGUACUACGAUGUGCUAGGGGACCCUUUGGGCUACUCUUUCCAGGAGCCAGACCUACAGGGCCUAGCCUUCAGCCAACAGCAGUACAGCCCCGUCAACCUGCAAUUCUCUGUCUACGAACCACCGUCCUCCCAACCGUGCCACCCACCCUACACCCACCCCUACAGCCCCCACUGCCUGGAGGCUCCCUGCGAGCCCAGCCCAGAGCCCCAGUGUGGAGGCCUGGGGAAGGUGGGUGGUGGAGGUCUGCCCCUGGUCAAGAGGACCAGGCUGGGCCCUGGAGGGCGGGUGAGGGGCCUAGAUGAGCUUUGUGUGGUGUGUGGAGACAAAGCCUCUGGCUACCAUUACAAUGCCCUCACCUGUGAAGGCUGCAAAGGUUUUUUCCGAAGGAGUGUGACAAAGAAAGCAGUUUACCGGUGUAAAAGUGGCGGAGGCUGUGAGAUGGACAUGUACAUGCGGAGGAAGUGCCAGGACUGCCGCCUGCGUAAAUGUCGUGCUGUGGGCAUGCUAGACGAAUGUCUGCUGACGGAGGUGCAGUGCCAGUCCAAGAGGCUGAGGAAGGGAGCCAAGCACAGAGGUGGAGGGCCUGAGGAGGAGGAGAACAUGGAGAGCAGGAGCGUCAGCUCCACCAACAGGCUGCUAGGACAUGUGGUGUCUGCAAAUCUGUCAAGAGAACAGAAUCAUGUGCUGGACAGGAUAGUGGAGGCUCUUCGGCAGUACAGGGCGCAGUACACUGUACACUGUAGGGUAUUUGAGUGGACUUGUACAGAGGAUGGUGGAGACAGACUAAUGGACGUGGCCUCCCCUCCCUCUCAGAGGCUGCUGCAGUUUGCCAAGAGUGUACCUGGCUUUGAGCUCCUGAACUGCUCGGACCAGAGCACCCUCCUCUCUAGUUCCUCUGUGGAAGUCAUGUUUCUACUCUCAGCGCAGCAGUUCACCCAAAACCCGGCAGCCUGUAGUCCAGCACUACAGCCUUUCAACAUCUCAACUCAUCAUUGUCUGAAAACCUUGGAGUCCAAGGAAAACAUUCAUAGUGGGACUGGCCCUGUAAACUCAGGAAUCAAUGAGGACCUGCUCGGGCCGGUGAUCAACUUCUUCCACAGCAUGGCAGCAUUGGGGGUGACCGAGGCUGAAUAUGCCCUGCUCACUGCCACAGUACUGCUAUGCUCAGCAGACGAAGCGUCGCUGCGGGCGGUUACGUGUGUGGAAAGCUUACAGGAGCUGAUCCUGGAGCUGCUGUCCAGGGUGUGCGGAGCCUGGUGUGGAGCCCAGGGCCCUCAGGGAGCCCAGCGCUUCGCGCGCCUGUUGGGGAGACUCACGGAGCUGCGCACGCUACAACACAACCAUCUCACCCUGCUCCGACAGCAGCCCUGAGACAGACACUGAGCACGGAGAGACAGGGAUACAAAUAGUUUAAAUAAGGACUUAGUUUAAUAGUUUAAAUAAAGACUUAAUUUUGUAUGUUUUCUCUGAAUUUUUACCCAAAAAAUGUAAGUAACACAAUUGGCCAUUUAUGAUUAUGCGGUUUAUCAUGAAAAUACCAUUAUUUUGAGUGACUGGUUUUACUGUAAAGUUUAAAGUCAAUGACCAUUAUUAAACCAAUAUGAGUUUUGUUAUAUGGAGUAUACAGAUGUAUUAAAAAAUACUUUUAUCAUA